AUGUUGGACAACCGCGGACCCUAUAGAAAACACCGCAACAACGCCGCAAACGCCUCCAACGUCACGUGUGCACGAAUUCCACAGCGUCCGCGACGGCAACCACCACCGCCGCCGCCGACGAUCCCGCUCCUGAUCUCCCCUCCGUCGUCGACCACUGCCAAUUCCAUCAUUCCUGUCACAACCUCCGCGACGAAGACCGCCGCCCCAUCGAUGAGAACACUCCCGAAGUCCCAUCAACCACUGCCGUCACCCUCAUCACCGCCAGCAACGCAGACUCGCUCCGAGCCUGUCCUCAAUGCGGCCGCACCUUCAACAUCAUGA